AUGAUCCAUCCAGCUUGCUUACCUACCAUUCCCAAGGCCUCGUCAAUCUGCCGAGCUCCCUCAAACUCACCAGAGGCAGGCAUGAUUCAUUGCAGUGGCCAGUCAUGGAUGUUCAUCAACGCCCAGUCGACUUUGAGGACGCACGAUAUCGGCCUACAUGCUUCGGUGUCCGUCAAACGGGACGUCGAUGGCACCGCCGAGGUCAUGAAGCGAGCCAUGUCGUCCAGCAAGGCAAAUGGCCUGUGGAAUCCGAGUCUGGGUAUUCGGUUCUCUCCCAGCGUCGAGCCAAAGACGCGGGCUCUGUACCCUCGACUGGACCUUUCUCGCUUUCUUCACACCGCCACGACCAGCACCAGCACCAACGCAUCGCCAGACGAGGCCAUGGGGGCUCGUGAUUUGCUAUCAACAAGACAAGAUAUGUUCGGACGAGUCGAGCCCAGGAUGCUCCCCACGUCAGUCGCCGUUGGCCCUGUCGACAUUGCGAGAGAGAUGCUCGACGACGACGCGGCAGAGGACGAGCAAAGGGCCCGUGUCGAGAAGGAUGGAACGGUAGAGGCGAAAAGGCCAGGUCCUCCCGCUCCGGUGGAUGCACCCCAAACUCCACUGAGCUUCAACAUCUCGGCUGAGCGCUUCCAUGUCGCCCGCGCCGCCGCCGUCGGCGAAGCGGACUCCUUCUGGUCGCACACUCUGUAUCAACGCAUCACGCCAGCCGGCGCCGUCGAGAGGGUCAAGGUACACUACUGCACGAGUAGGCAUAGCAUGGAGCACGUCUGCCGAAAGUACUUUCUCCACGAGGGCCUUCUCGGCUUUGACCUCGAGUGGCAGACGUAUGCGAACCGCGACUCGGACAUUCGCUCGGCCAUCUCCUUGGUCCAGAUUGCGAGCGAAAGCCGCAUUGGACUCUUCCACAUCGCCAUGUUCCCCUCGGCCGCCAAGGAGAUGGCCGAUUUUGUGGCGCCCACCUUCCGGCUGAUCAUGGAAGAUGCCAACGUGAGCAAAGUCGGCGUCCAGAUCCAAGGCGACUGCACGAGGCUCAACAGAUUCCUCGGCGUCAAGGCGAGAGGCGUGUUUGAGCUGAGCCACCUGUAUAAGCUGGUCAAGUACCAGGAUACGCCGAAGCUGAUCAACAAGGUGCCGGUGGCGCUGUCGACACAGGUAGAAGAUUGUCUCGGGCUCCCCUUGUACAAGGGCCAGUCGGUUCGAUCGAGCAACUGGAUGCGACCGCUGGACUCGAAGCAGAUGCUGUGUGCGUCCAGAAUCCGAAUCGAUCUUGAAGGCCCUUUCGCUCACAUUGUUGUAGAUUCCGCCUCCGACGCGUAUGCCGGCGUUCAGCUGUACCACGUUCUGGAGGCGAAGCGGAGAGCGCUCAAGCCAUGCCCUCCACGGCCUUACCACGCAGAGCUUGGCCUUCCCAUCCCCAUCCCCAUCCCCAUCCCUACGCAACAAUCAGAGUUGAAUCCCACCGAGGAUUCGAGCCGAGAUGUUUCCGCCGCCCAAACGGUCGCGUCGACGCCCAGCUUGGCACGUACGAAGAAGCCUGCCCAACCGGCCAGUCCGGCUGCGAAGCCGCGUGACGCCCGCAUCACGGCAGCAGAAAUUGAAAUGAAAAGGUUCCGCGCCUCCAAGCGGACGCCGAUAGCGACAACUCCUUCCGCUCUCAGGGCGUACUAUGUGUGGCGCCUCAACGAGGACCUCGGGCCCGAAGCUGUCGCCAAGCUGCUGCGCGACCCGCCCCUGCAAAGCAACACUGUGGUGUCGUACAUCCUCGAUGCCAUCACGGCGGAGAAGCUGCCGUACGACAAGAAGCGACUCGCAAACGAAAUCACUUCUCGUCUACAGCCGGGACCGCUCACGGGCCGCUAUCGGCAUUUCUCGAGGGAUCAUGCAAGUGGGCCAAAGUCGACAAACGAGGCGGCAUGA